CGUUUCGUCGUCUAUUAUUUGAAGGUUACAGGAAAAGGCUGUUAAUGUUCACUUGGUGAGGAAAAAGAGUGACAAACACGCUAAUAAGUCCAUUCACCGAGUAUCAAAACAAAGGCUUGAUCUUUGUUUUGGAAGUUACCAUUGCAGUAAUGGCCGCUGAAGUAGUAUGUGAGGAUUUGACUGUCAGUUCAAAACAAAGAGAAGACGAUCAAAACAUGAAAGAUGCCGAUGAUGGAAAAGUGUCAAGUGAUGCAUCAUAUGAGAAACAAAGUACAUACACAGAUACAGAUGUUCGAAUAAAAGAAGAACCAGUAGACGUAGCCAUGUUGGGAAAUGUUGAAGGUACAAGUAUUACUAGAUCUGAACCAACUCGCUGUUAUGUCUGCGAUCUACCAUUUGAUGAUGAAAUGCUGCUUUCAAAGCAUUUGGAUGAACAUGCUGCAAAUAGUUUUCCUCACAACUAUGGUGGAAGCAAAGAUUUUAAAUGCCAUAUCUGUCAGAGAGUGUUUUCUAAGAAGCAGACCCUCAAACGACAUGCUAUUUUACAUAGCGGUAUAAAACCAUUUAAAUGUGCAUUCUGUACACAUUCAACAUACAGAAAGGACCAUUUACAAGCACAUAUAAGAAUCAAACAUUUGUCAGGUAGAUCCAAGCAAACCAAGUGUAGUGUAUGUAACACUGUGUUCUCAAGUCACCAAAGUCUGGCAAAUCACAUGAAAAGCCAUCGAAAUGCUAAUACAUGCCUCCACUGUGGGGACGAAUUCUACAGUACCGGUGCAUUGGCAUCACACAUACGCAACCACCAUAAUGGUAAUAAUGGAAUGGGUCAACUCAGCGGGACUGUGUACACAUGUGAGCCAUGCAGGUUUACCACUUCAAGCGCAUCCCUAUAUGACAUGCACUUACAGUGUGAAAAACACAGAGUAACAGUUUUACAGUUGACUAACACCCUGCCAGAGGAAGAUGGAAAGGAAGCGAGACCAGUUGUGGAGAAUUUUCCAACAGUAGAUGAAUAUAUUAAUGAUGCAGUCAAGUCAAGCCUGCAUGAUUUACAAACAGCAGAAAAAAGCAUUGACUCCGUAGACCCAGUUAUAGCUACGCCUAUGAUAUCUAACGUUAUGUCAUUACAAACUACGUCAGUUUCUCUGUCAGCUGAUGAACAUAGCUCACCGAGUAACAUUACAACAUCAAGUGGACAACCAUCUGCAAUUUCAGCCAUACUUUCAAUGGACAGUGGCCAUGUAUCAUCACGGAGCAGCCUUUCAAACUCUCCCACUGAUGUUGAAGAGGUUAAUAUGCCAAGUCGACCUAUAUCUACCAGUCCGGAUGUACUCAUUGAGGAGCCAGAUAAGCGAGGUUCCUGGAAUGUCCUUUCAGCUCCACGGCGAGAGUCAGGAAAUGCUUGUAGUAGUCUGUUACUCAAAUUAGUUACUAAUAAUGCAAAAGCUGUGCUCCGAGCUAAAACCGGUCAGUCACCCAAGCCACUUGGAAUGUCAUCAUCAAACAGCCAAUGGAAAAGUAAUAUGUUAUGUGAUAGCUCAACACAAGAUGACGUGUGGCGAUGUAGUCAUUGUCAUAUCAUCUUCCCAGAUAAUGUCAUGUACACCAUACAUAUGGGAUGUCAUGGUCUCAAAUCACCUUUUCAGUGUAACAUCUGUGCGUUGGAAUGCUAUGAUAAAUAUGAAUUUGCAUCUCACAUUGCCAGAGGGCAGCAUAAAUUUUAA